AUGCAACGGGCCGGAGGAGGAGGAGCGGCCGCAGCAGCAGCAGAGCCCGGAGGAGGCAGUGGGAGAGGAGGUGACAACGGCGGUGAGGCGGUUGCAGCAGCUGCGGCCUCUUAUCGGGUGCUGAGUCGCUUGCUGGGAUACGGCGGAGCAGAGUCAGCCGCAGCCGACUUGGGGCUGGCCAGAGCUGUUGGAGAGACUGCAGCUAUUGCAACUCGGGAUCGCGGAAGGGCGGGCGGGUUGCGGGGCUCGCAGCUUCUGGUCUUCCGCCCUGGAGAAACUGGAGAACCUUCGGCAGGGUCCCCAGCCGGCUGUCUGCCGCCGCCGCCGCCGCCACUGCCUCAGCCACCGCCGUCGGAGCUCCUGUGCGCUAGGCAUCGGUGCGUUCUCCUGGAUGCUCCGAAGGGCGAUCUGGGAGGAGGACGAUGCUGGAGCGGAACGCCGGGUGGCUUCAUUUUCUCUCCGGGAGCCGGCUUGGAGUUACACCUGGCGGCUCUGGGGCUUCAUCAGGCGCCUUCGACGGUGCUAGGAGGGCUGGGCAAACCUUCCGGCGAUUGCUCCUGCAUGAACCUCUUGCCUCAGCCGGCGAUGGUCCCGCCGCCCACUCUGUCCCUAUUACCCCCAGGGGAGGAGACCAGCGACGCCCUGCUGGUCCUAGAAGCUCUGGGCCCUGACGAGGAAGAUGAGGAGGAGACGGCUGCAGGGCAGGCCCCCAGCUCUUCGGCCCCCUCCAGGAAAGGUUCGUUGAAGAUUCGCCUCAGCCGCCUUUUCCGCACCAAGAGCUGCAGUGGGCCAUCCUGCAACCCCGGGGCGGCCACUGGAGCACGCCGGAUAGGAGAGAGGGAACUUCUUCAAGCCGCUACUGCCCCAGCCCCCUCGGGCACGGCAGGAAGCCUCCCCGAUGUGUCUCAACCUGGCUACCGGGAACAGGACUCGAGCAGAAAACAAAGAUUGAUGCGAACACAAAGUGCCUUUUCUCCAGUUGCUUUUGGUCCCCUCUUCACAGGUGAGACAGUAUCGCUGGUAGAUGUUGAUAUCUCUCAGCGUGGCCUGACAUCCCCACACCCUCCCACACCUCCACCUCCUCCACGACGAAGCCUCAGCCUUCUGGACGAUAUCAGUGGGACACUGCCUGCAUCUGUCUUAGUGAAUCCGAUGGGGUCUUCGUCGCUCCAGUCUUUUCCUCUGCCUCCACCGCCUCCACCACAUGCCUCUGAGGCAUUUCCCCGGAUACUCCCAAUCAGAGCAUCCGAAGCGGUACAUAGUCAGUCUGCACAGCACCUUCAGUGCCCCCUUUAUCGGCCUGAUUCAAGCAGUUUUGCAGCUAGCUUACGAGAGUUGGAAAAAUGUGGAUGGUACUGGGGCCCUAUGAACUGGGAAGAUGCCGAGAUGAAGUUAAAGGGGAAGCCAGAUGGAUCGUUCCUGGUUCGUGACAGCUCUGAUCCGCGCUACAUUCUGAGCCUCAGCUUUCGAUCACAGGGUAUUACCCAUCACACUAGAAUGGAGCACUACCGAGGAACCUUUAGUCUUUGGUGCCAUCCGAAGUUUGAGGACCGUUGCCAGUCUGUGGUGGAGUUUAUUAAACGUGCUAUCAUGCAUUCCAAAAAUGGAAAGUUCCUUUAUUUCCUGCGAUCGAGAGUGCCAGGUCUCCCUCCAACUCCUGUCCAACUUCUCUAUCCGGUCUCUAGGUUCAGCAAUGUCAAGUCGCUACAGCACCUCUGCCGGUUCCAGAUAAGGCAACUGGUCCGCAUCGAUCACAUUGCCGAGCUCCCACUUCCCAAGCCUCUGAUUGCAUACAUUCGCAAGUUCUACUACUAUGACCCUCAAGAGGAAGUGUAUCUCUCGCUGAAGGAGGCCCAGCUGUUUUCCAAACAGAAACAAGAAGCAGAUUCCUCUACGUAGUGAGAGUUCUUGUCUGUCAUGCUGCUGUC